ACCAGGUAAUUUUGCGGUUGUCUGACAUGCGCAGUAACGACCCGGCUACCAAUGCGUUUGAGUUGUUUUCAGUUUCGAUAGUGUGGACGUGAAUGACUUACGGGGAAAUCGAGACUUAUUGGUAUUACUCAGCGGAAUGGGAAGAGAGCACAGCAGAGUGAAGCUGGAAGAGGAAAAGAGAGAACCACUGCGAACUUUGUGCCAUUUUUAUCACAGUUGUAUGUAAUUUGAGCUCAAAUUCCGACUGAUUGGACAUAUUUGAUGGCGUCUGGAAACUACGUAGCUAUUUUACACAACUAUGCACAGAAAUCAAGCUCAGUGCUGCGAUUUGAGGACCUCGGUUCUGUUGGCCCUCCCCAUGACAGCGUAUUUACCCAGAGGGUAGUCCUUAAUGACACAGUCUAUCCUGAGGGUGUGGGGAAGACCAAGAAGGAAGCCAAACAAAAUGCAGCUGAAAAUGCGCUGAAAUCCUUGAACAAACAACAGGAUCCAGUUGACUCAACUGCAGAUGCAAAUUACAACUGUGCAUCAGGUCAACAAAAGGAGGAUCUAAAUCAACAUGUUUUGGACAUGUGUAAUAAGACAAGAGGCCUGAGUGUGAACUCUGAAGAUAAAAGCUUUCAAGAGACAAAUUUCAUAGGAAUUAUCAACAACUACUGUCAGAAAACAAACCGCUCCCAUACAUUCACUGCGAAGGGGAGAUCUGGCCCACCUCAUAAGCCUCGAUUUUUCUACAACUUGAUGAUUGACAAAAAGGAAUACCCUGUGGGUGAGGGUAAGACUGCCAAGGAAGCCAAACAAAAGGCAGCUCAGUUGGCCUGGACUGCUCUUCAAGAACAGUCCGACUAUGACAGCAAGGUGUCUGUCAAGUCAACGGUGUCCGAGGAUGAGUUUUCAACACCAUCAUCUACAAUGGAAUCCCAGGAACCAUCAUCACAAAGCAUGCCAAUGAGUACAAGUGACUCAAUAAUAUUCUUCAAUUCAUCAAGCCCUUCCAAUGCUCAGAUGUCCUCCAGGUCAACUGCUUCUGAAAGUGAUGCAUCAAGCAAGUGGUCAACACCAACUUCAUUCAUGUCAACGGGUACAAGUGACUCCAUAUCAUCUAGUGAUUCAUCAAACCCUUCCAAGGAUCAGGUCAAAGACAAGAACAGUGGAGGAAGUCUGAAUGAGACAUCAAUCCAGCCAAGGUUUAAACCAGAUUUUGAUAUCAUAAAAUGUCUUGGCCAUGGGGCCUUUGGUUGUGUGUUCAAAGCAAGACAUAAACUGCCGAAAAAGGAUUAUGCUGUAAAAGUUGUCCAAUGGGAAGCAAAAUGUCUUCGAGAGGUGGCGGCAUUAUCAGACCUCCACCACCCAAAUAUUGUUCGAUACCACACAGUUUGGGUGGAGAAGUCUGGAUACAAAUGGGAUGACGACACUGAUCAUUACAGACCUGUUGAAAAAGUUAAUUCAUUGUUCCUCUAUAUUCAAAUGGAGAUAUGUGAUGACAAAACACUAAAGCACUGGAUUGAUGAGAAGAACACUCAGUCCCUGCAAGACUCCAAGAGAAGAGAAGAAAGUCUAAGCAUUACUCAGCAAAUAGUCAGUGGUGUUGGAUACAUUCACUCCAAGAUGCUCAUCCACAGGGACCUCAAGCCUGCAAACAUCAUGUUUGGACCCGAUGGAGAAGUGAAGAUUGGGGACUUUGGUCUGGUCACCAAAGAUAAUGAUGACGAUGCUAUGAUAGAGAGAACAGCGUACAGAGGAACUCCACCUUACAUGGCUCCUGAACAAAGGAAGGAGACAACCUAUGACCGAAAAGUGGACAUAUUUGCUUUGGGGUUGAUUUACUUUGAACUCCUUUGGAAAUUCUCUACUGGCUCUGAAAGAGCAGCGAUUUGGCCCAAAAUCAGAAGUCAGAAGUUCCCCACGGAGUUUUCACGGGCUUUUCACGUGGAGAAUCAAAUAAUUACGUCAAUGCUCUGUGAGAAGCCAGAGGACCGACCUGAAGUGAGUACACUGAAGGCAGAGCUGGAGAAGUGGGCUCAGAUAUUGAACACACAAAAGAAUGUGCAUCGGGAAAACAAAACCAUCAUGGGAAAGAAAAAGUACGUUUCUAAACUAAGCGAGUAUGCAUGGAGAACACGGUUGGAGGUUAAAUAUGAGGACGUCGUCUGUGACAGACCAGACCACAAUAAAAAAUUCUUCCAGAGGGCCGUGGUCAAUGGUGAAGGCUUUCCCAUUGGUGAGGGGAGGAACAAAUGGGAAGCCAGGCAGAAUGCAGCUAAAAAUGCCCUGAGAGUUUUGAGUGAUAAGGAAAAUCAGGGACUAGUGGCAGAAAAGGCAGCAAAAAAUCCUACUGUACCAGUUCAUUCGAAAUGUGCCACUAAAUUAAACUUGGGAAGCAGUGAUUAUGGUCAGCAGAAGAGGGCCCCUUUACAGCUUGUGGGGUCAACAAGACUGAGACUAAACAAUGCUGCUCCGUUAGUGGCUGGUGAUAAAGAGCACCCAGCUGCCUCUGGGAAAACAAAGAGGGAAGCUAAGGAGGAAGCAACUGGGCUUGUAUAUCAGGAGGUACCUUUCGGGUCAGCUUUGUCCGAUGAUGGUGCACCAGCCAGGCUGUCCACAUCACGAAACACACCGGAGUCCAUUGAUGCAAAAUCAAAAAGUGUGCCAUCAACUACAAGUGACCUAGAUGUUUUCAUUGAUUCAUCAGAGGAUCAGCCCAAAAGCAGAACUGCAGCAAAUAUCCAAAAGGCCAGUCAAAACAGCAGUGAGGAUGCAAUGAUUCCUGGAGAAAAGAAUAUGGAAAACAGUUCUGGUGACAAAACAUCAAUCCAGUCAGAGAUCAUCAGUAAGUUUACAGCAGAAUUUGACUCCAUAGAGUGCCUUGGCAAAGGAGCCUUUGGUCAUGUUUUCAAGGCAAAAAAAAAAUUGCCGGAGAGAGAUUAUGCUAUAAAGAUCGUACCCUACAAAGAAAAAGCUGUGCGAGAGGUGCGGGCAUUGUCAGACCUCCAUCACGACAACAUUGUUAGAUACUACACAUGUUGGAUGGAGGAUUCAUCAUACCAGUGGGACAGCACAGAUGACAGUUACAGCACUUCCCUGUCUACUGGUAAUUCACCUGCAAAGUUCCUCUAUAUUCAGAUGGAGCUGUGCAACACCAAAACACUCAGAGUGUGGAUAGAUGAGAGGAAUACACAGAAUGUGCGAGACUCCAAGAGAAGAAAAGACAGUCUAACUAUUGCAACACAGAUAGUCAGUGGAGUUGAGUACAUUCACUCCAAUAAACUCAUCCACAGAGACCUGAAGCCUGCCAACAUCAUGUUUGGGCAAGAUAAAAAAGUGAAGAUUGGAGACUUUGGUCUGGUCACUGGUGAGAAUGAUGACGACGCUGAAAACCCAAUUGACAGAACAGCUUACAAAGGAACCCCAUCGUACAUGGCUCCUGAGCAGAAAAGUGAGCAGACUUACGAUCGAAAGGUUGAUGUAUUUCCUAUUGGACUGAUAUUCUUCGAACUGCUUUGGAGAAUCGGCACUGUUCAUGAAAGAGAAAAGGUUUGGGGCGACGCCAGAAGACAGAAACUUCCUCAAGGGUUUUCAUGCAAUUUUCCGGAAGAGUGCAUCAUAAUCAAGCCAAUGCUGUGUGAGAAUCCAGAGGGCCGACCCGAAGCAAGUAAAGUGAAGGCAGACCUGGAAGAGAUCACUCUCAGACUCAACAAAAAAAGAAUUAUGCGUCAGGGCAGCUGGACUGUCUGAUGAUAAAAAUCCUCAAAUCAUGGUCAUCUAUUUCAGAUCCUAUCUCAUACGUGCACUUUGAAGAUGGUCUGUUUUAAUAUCUGACAAGGAGUAGGGCUGGGCAAUAUAUCAAUAUAUAUUGAUAUUGUGAUAUGAAACUAGAUUUCAUCUUAGAUAUCGGAUAUUGUAAUGGCAUAAGUGUUGUUUUCCUGGUUUUAAAGGCUGCAUUACAUGCAGGCUGCAUUACAUUAUGAUGCAAUUUUCUGAACUUACCAGACUCUUCUAGCUGUACUAUUAUUUUCUUUUACACACUUAAUCAUUAUAUCCACAUU